ACAACAGAUAUUUUCUCUGAGGCGAUGUGUAAAAUGUUUAUAGCAGUUUUUUAUUGUGUCUCUGUUUGUUGUUACACUUCCACACCUCGUUGUUCUGUUUCCCUCUGGUUGUUCCACAGGUGUAAAGCUGUUUGCCAGGAACCAAAAGGCUCGUUUUCAGCGCAUCUUGGUUUUGAGGUCUUUGGAGAAAUGAUUCCGCCUGGAGACCGUCUGUACGCCGGAAAGAAAAGGAGAAAACCUGUGCAGAAACAGAAACCAGAGAAAGCAGGUCAGAAAUCGAAUCCAUCCAAGCGUCAUCGCGACUGUCUGAAUGCAGAACUGGACAUGUUAGCGAGUCUGCUGCCCUUCAGUGCAGAUGUCAUCUCCAAACUGGACAAACUCUCAGUGCUGAGGCUCAGCGUCAGCUUCCUGCGAGUGAAGAGCUUCUUUCAAGCGGUCCAAGAGGAAGAAAAUCGCAGCAGUGAUACCUCGACCUCGGAGCAGAAGAAAGAGAUCCUGCCCCGUGUCAUAGAGAGUGAUCUUCUCCUAAAGUCUCUCCCUGGAUUUGCACUGAUCGUGAGCUCGGAUGGCGUUAUUUUCUAUGCAUCAUGCACUAUCGUUGACUACCUGGGAUUUCAUCAGACGGAUGUGAUGCAUCAGAAGGUCUUUGAUUAUAUCCAUGUGGAGGAGCGACAGGAGUUUCACAGGCAGCUCCAUUGGGCGAUGAACCCUGGCCAGCAAGACACUGUUGAUGAGGAUGCUGUGAUGGGUCAUCUGUAUAGCUCUGAAGAGCCUGACGGCGUUCCUCCUAAAUUGUCUCCGUUCCUCACACGGUGCUUCGUCGCUCGAGUCCGCUGCCUGCUGGACAGCACCUCUGGCUUCCUGAACAUGCAGUUUCAGGGCAGCCUGAAGUUCCUGCAGGGUCAGAAGAGGAAGACAGACUCUGGAGCUCUGCUGCCGCCUCAGCUUGCUCUGUUCUGUGUGGCUGUUCCUCUAGUCCUGCCGUCCAUCAUGGAGCUCAAGAUGAAGAGUAUGAUGAUGAAGAGCAAACCCAAUAGGUCUGGCAGCAGUGAUAAGCGGCAGCAGGUUUCCCAUGGCUCAUUUGACUGUGAAGACAUGCAGUGUCUUAACUGGACAAGCACAUCCGGUCAUGAUGGUUCGUGUUCAGCCAUGGCCAACAGGAAGUACAGAGGAGAGGGCUGCAAAACCCAAGACGAACCUCUCAACUUCUGUGUUUCUACUCUGGGCAUCUCUAGAUUGCAGGCUGUUGAACCUUCCUGGGACGCCCACUGUCCUGUUGCCUUACGCACGGGGCCCAGUGAAAACUACCUGCCUGGAAGCUUCUAUAAGCACAGCCAUUCUGGAAAAUUACGAUACGGGUGUAACACAGAAUUGCAGAAGCUUGAGAGUGAUUGCAUCAACAGGAAGGCUGAGAGAAGGUCCACGCAGAAUGAAUGUUUUAACGUGAUUCCUGAAGUGGCCAUUAAGACUGAAGAUUCAGACUCUGAGAAUGAGUGUAAUGCAUACGGGUCACUUUGGCGCCCUGAAUAUGCACAGGUGAAAACCGAGGCUGAAUAUUAUGACUGUUUUACUUCAUAUCAAAGGGGCAAAGCUGUCAUCAGUCCUCCCAUCAACGGACACCACAAGUAUCUGUGUGCAGGAGUCAGCAGACCUCUUAAGUGCGUCCUGAACAAAGACAUGAAUCACUCUGAAGCUCCUAUCAGCAGUCAGGACGGAUAUGCGUUUUCAAAUGAUCAUAAAAGCUGCAUGCAGCAUGAUAUCCGGCUGACUUGUGAGUUCAAGAGUCAUAACCUUCUGCACACGGUCAAACAAGAACUUGACAACUCUCCACCUUGGUGUGCUGAUGUUAGUCAAGGGAAUGUGCGACAACGUAUUACUUCAAAUUACACUAUGAACACUGUUCUACACAAAGCAAACCCGUAUGUUUACAUGCAGUAAACUCUGUGAUCACGUUAACAUUGCUUUUUACAUGCUUGCAAGGUAUAUUAAUAUUCUUCUUCCUUUUUUU